AUGUGUGUGUGUCCUGGGCCCAGGCGGAUUGGUAUGUAUUUUUUGUGCUCCUAUUUUCUGAGUACUAUAAUAGGAAUUUGGAGGGGUGGUAGUGGGGUUAGAAGACUAUAUAAUGAAUAUCUGUUAUUGCAGGUUAUAGUACCAUACUCUGAAGGUUACUUUAAAUUUGUGUUGCCUCCUAAGCUGAGUAGUUCAUGCUCCUAGGAUUUGAAUCUUUACAAAUAAGGGUUGUGAAUGUGAAGCAGUACAGAGAGAAAAAAUAGUGUAAUUUUCACAAAAGUAUCACAUUUGUGCAGAAUGUUGAUUUGUUCAAAUGUGAAAAAUUAGCAGGAUGUUAUGCAUAAUAAAUAACCUAUAAUGAGUCCCUGACUGGGGAAAAGAAGGUAUAUGAAUAAAUAUUAUAAUAAUAUUAGUAAUAAUUUGCACCAUAGUUUUCUUAAACCAGCUUUCAGAAGCUUCUAUUGGAAGGCUGGACUUAAUCAAAACAAAUAAUCUCACUUGAAUUAAUGAGUCUUUAAACAAAGUUUUUUUAAAAAAACAGUAGCUCCUAUAGUAAACUAUGCAAAAUAGAGCAAAUAUCUUCUGGAUGAAAAGGAAAACUAUUAUGCCUGACUAUACUUAGUAGAUAAUAUAUGUGGUUUCUUUCAGAGGCGGCUGUUGGUAGCUUCACCACCUCCUCAUUGAACGCCUUCAGUUGUGGUUCAUAAAUUUGGGCUGGCCUUAGAUUGGUAGUGAUAGGUAGGGUGUGUUCUAUAUGAAUGCAUAGCUUAGAAGAAAAGAUGGUAUUGCAUGCAAUCCACAGCAAUCAUUGACUGAGGUCAGAGUAAAGAUUUAUUAUUAUUUAUCAAAUUUGUUAAAGCAACAAACAAACAAGGGUUUAGAAGCCUUGACUGAAGUUUUGUAGCUCCUAAAUAUCUAGUAGUUAUAAAACUUCAAAAAGACAGGUGAUGGGGUGCAGCAAAUUUAUUAUAGGAUAUUAAGAAUGUAAUCCUAUGCUUGUUUUGAACUAAGCCCCAUUAAACUGAGUAUGACUUACCUUUUGAUUAAACAAAUGCACAUAUAUGUAUUGUUGUACACACUUGACCUUAAAUUUGUAAAAACUGAGGGAGGCGUUGGAAAAAUUAACAUAAGUAACAAUAUGAAUAAAUAAAAUCUUGGGCUGGAUAAACUUAACUUCUCCUUCUCACUGCCAGUUCAGAAAUGGAGACUGUCUUCAAGAAGUUGUCUUGAAUCUCAAUCUAUGACUCUGUUCUUCAUACUGUAACCUUUAGUUGACUUUUCACACUCCCAAUAUAAAGUUCUGGUUAAGUUAGUACAGCUGUAAAAUUAGGUCACUCUGUUUAUAGUUCUACACAAGUAUAACAGUGUGAACUGAGAUAUGUUCUCCUUGAGGAAAUUUAGCCAUAGAUUAGUCUAUUAAACUUUCAUUAAAUGUGUUGCUGUUUUGUCAGUUAAUUGCUGUUAAUUAAUUGUGCAUAUUAAAUUGUCAUUUAGAAUAAAGUAGUUAUGUAUUGUUUCCUUUAAAAUUAUUUCUAAGCUUACUUAUUGCUUGUGUUUUCCCCCCGCAGCAAUUCCAGUCAGAAACCCCAGGUUGCCAUUGUUCUCUGAUGCCAUGCCAGCACCAACUCAGCUAUUGCUCCCAUUAAUUCGCAGUUGUGAGAUUGGCAAGAUAUACAACACCGCAUGCUACUGUCAUCAUAAACAUCUAUGUUGCUUGUCACCUCACUUAACUCACAAUCAUUUGAGGUAUGUUCCUCCGAAGAAGUUUGCAACACUCAGUAGGCCGAAGGAGAAUUUCAGUCAGUUUAUUCAUGCAAGAAACUAUGUAUCCACACCACAGAGGUUUUACCUCACACCUCCACAAGUCAACAGCAUCCUGAAGGCAAAUGAAUACAGUUUCAAAGUGCCAGAGUUUGAUGGCAAAAACUUAAGUUCUGUCCUUGGCUUUGAUAGCAACCAGCUUCCUGCCAAUGCACCAAUAGAAGACAGAAGAAGUGCAGCCACUUGCUUGCAAACAAGAGGAAUGCUUCUUGGUGUGUUUGAUGGCCAUGCAGGAUGUGCCUGUGCACAAGCUGUCAGUGAAAGACUGUUUUAUUACAUAGCUGUUUCUCUGUUACCCCAUGAGACUUUACUUGAAAUAGAAAAUGCUGUUGAGAGUGGUAGGGCCCUGUUGCCCAUCUUACAGUGGCACAAGCAUCCCAAUGAUUAUUUCAGUAAAGAAGCCUCCAAAUUGUAUUUUAACAGCUUACGAACUUACUGGCAGGAACUCAUAGACCUUAACACUGGGGAGACAACUGAUGUAAAAGAGGCUUUAAUUAAUGCCUUUAAAAGGCUUGACAAUGACAUUUCUUUAGAAGCUCAAGUAGGCGAUCCAAAUUCUUUUCUCAAUUAUUUGGUACUACGUGUAGCCUUCUCUGGUGCAACUGCUUGUGUGGCGCAUGUUGAUGGAGUUGAUUUACAUGUUGCUAAUACUGGUGACAGCAGGGCCAUGCUUGGUGUCCAAGAAGAGGAUGGAUCUUGGUCUGCUGUUGCUCUGUCUUAUGAUCAUAAUGCACAGAACGAAAAUGAGAUUGCACGACUCAAAAUGGAGCACCCAAAGUCUGAAGAAAAGAGUGUUGUGAAACAAGAUAGACUGUUGGGCCUACUGAUGCCUUUCAGAGCUUUUGGAGAUGUCAAAUUUAAAUGGAGCAUUGACCUUCAGAAGAGAGUGGUGGAGACGGGCCCAGAUCAGCUCAAUGAUAACGAAUAUACAAAGUUCAUCCCACCAAAUUACCAUACACCUCCAUACCUCACAGCUGAGCCAGAGAUAAUACAUCACAAAUUAAGACCUCAGGACAAAUUCCUGAUAUUGGCAACAGAUGGCUUGUGGGAAACCAUGCACAGGCAGGAUGUGGUUAGAAUUGUAGGUGAGUAUCUAACAGGUGUUCAUCAUGAAGAACCAAUAGCUGUUGGAGGUUACAAGGUAACUCUGGGACAGAUGCAUGGUCUUCUAACAGAAAGGAGAGCGCGGGUCUCUUCAGCCUUUGAAGACCAGAAUGCAGCAACUCACUUGAUACGCCAUGCAGUUGGAAAUAAUGAGUUUGGUACCGUUGAUCAUGAACGGCUGUCAAAGAUGCUCAGUCUUCCAGAAGAGUUGGCUCGGAUGUACCGGGAUGAUAUCACAAUUAUAGUGGUGCAAUUUAAUUCCCAUGUUAUAGGUGCAUGUCAAAAUGAAGAGUUUUAA